GCUAAAUCACUGUUUUUAUCACACAUACACUGCAAAGCAAUAAUUAUUGAAAAUGGUUAGAAAGCUCAAAUAUCAUGAACAAAAACUUUUGAAAAGAACCGAUUUUCUCUCCUGGAAGCAGGAUAAGGGCCAUCGUGACACUCAAGUUAUGAGAACAUAUCACAUACAAAACAGAGAAGACUAUCAUAAAUAUAACAAAAUAUGUGGUGAUAUAAGAAAAUUGGCUCAUCAUCUUUCUUUAUUGCCUUCUGAUGAUCUGGUGAGAAUAAAACACGAACAGCUAUUAAUGGAAAAACUAUAUGCAAUGGGGAUAAUAGCGACAAAAUCAAAGAUUUCUGAUUUGGAGAAUAAAAUAACUGUUUCUGCAAUGGCUAGAAGAAGAAUUCCUGUUGUAAUGACAAGAUUAAAGAUGGCUGAAAAUUUGAAAGAUGCAACAACUUUUAUUGAGCAAGGUCAUGUCAGAGUGGGUCCUAACGUUAUAACUGAUCCUGCUUAUUUGGUGACAAGAACCAUGGAAGACUAUCUUACUUGGGUCAAUACAAGUAAAAUUCGUCGUAAUUUACUUAACUUCAAAAACCAAUUGGAUGAUUUUGAAUUUUCAUAAAUUCAC